GGCGGCGGCAGGUGGCGCGGGAGGUCGCAGCGCGCCAUGGGGCUCCCCGCGCUGUUGGCCAGCGCUCUCUGCACCUUCGUGCUGCCACUGCUGCUAUUUCUGGCCACGAUCAAGCUCUGGGACCUGUACUGCGUGAGCAGCCGCGACCGCAGCUGCCCCCUCCCAUUACCCCCAGGGACUAUGGGCUUCCCGUUCUUUGGGGAAACACUGCAGAUGGUGCUGCAGCGGAGGAAGUUUCUGCAGAUGAAGCGCAGGAAAUACGGCUUCAUCUACAAGACACAUCUGUUCGGGCGGCCCACAGUGCGGGUGAUGGGUGCGGACAACGUGCGGCGCAUCUUGCUCGGAGAGCACCGGCUAGUGUCUGUGCACUGGCCGGCGUCCGUGCGCACCAUUUUGGGCGCCGGCUGCCUUUCCAACCUCCACGACUCCUCGCAUAAACAGCGCAAGAAGGUGAUCAUGCGGGCCUUCAGUCGUGAGGCGCUCCAGUGCUACGUGCCGAUAAUUGCCGAAGAAGUGAACAAUUGUCUGGAGCAAUGGCUCAACUGCGGUGAGCGCGGACUUCUGGUCUACCCCGAGGUGAAGCGUCUUAUGUUCCGCAUUGCCAUGCGCAUCCUGCUGGGCUGCGAGCCCAGGUUGGAGGCGGGCGGAGAAGAUGAGCAGCAGCUAGUGGAGGCCUUCGAGGAGAUGACCCGCAACCUCUUCUCACUGCCCAUCGACGUGCCUUUCAGCGGGCUGUACCGGGGCGUGAAGGCGCGGAACCUCAUUCACGCGCGCAUCGAGGAGAACAUUCGUGCCAAGAUUGGCCGGCUGCGUGCUGCCGAGGCGGACGGCGGCUGCAAAGAUGCGCUGCAGCUGUUGAUCGAGGACUCGUGGGAGCGGGGAGAGCGGUUGGACAUGCAGGCACUCAAGCAAUCGUCAACCGAACUCCUCUUCGGAGGCCACGAGACCACGGCCAGUGCGGCCACCUCUCUGAUCUCUUACCUGGGCCUUUACCCCCAUGUGCUCCAGAAAGUUCGAGAGGAGCUGAAGAGUACGGGUUUACUUUGCAAGAGCAACCAGGACAACAAACUGGACAUGGACAUUUUAGCAAAGCUAAAGUACAUUGGGUGUGUUAUUAAGGAGACCCUUCGACUGAAUCCCCCUGUUCCAGGAGGGUUUCGGGUGGCUCUGAAGACUUUUGAACUCAAUGGAUACCAGAUUCCCAAGGGCUGGAACGUCAUCUACAGUAUCUGUGACACUCAUGACGUGGCCGAGAUCUUCACCAACAAGGAGGAGUUCAACCCAGACCGCUUCCUGCCGCCUCUACCGGAGCACGCAUCCAGGUUCGGCUUCAUUCCUUUCGGAGGUGGCCCUAGAAGCUGCGUAGGCAAAGAGUUUGCAAAAAUUCUUCUGAAAAUAUUUACAGUGGAGCUGGCCAGGCAUUGUGACUGGCAGCUGCUGAAUGGACCUCCUACGAUGAAAACCAGUCCCACCGUGUACCCUGUGGACAAUCUCCCGGCCAGAUUCACUCAGUUCCAGGGAGGCCUCUGAGGGGCUGCCAGCCUCGAACCCUAGACUGAUGGAAGCUGUACAUGAGUUUUUUUUUUUUUUUUACAUAGUGUUGUGUGGACUCUAUUUAAUUUCUAAAUGUAUAUUGUAAUAUUUAUGUGUCUCCACCACAGUACCAUGGUCUUUAAAAUAUUCAAAUAAUAAAUUUGUAUAAUUUCUAAAUCAUAAAGUGGAAUGUGAA